AUGUAUCUUUUUGUCCCUAUAUUUAUUACCGUGGCUCAGUUUACUAUCAUGCCCAAGGAAUCGUAUCUUACUCCUCCGGCUGAUAUUAUUCCAAAUGCUACGCCACAGCAGAGGCGACUUUCCGAGGGUGUAGAGGCGGAACAGUUAAUUUACGAGUCCAAUGCUGCUGCCUUUCUCAGCUCCCUGAUAACAGCCCCUCCGGACGAACAGACGGCUCUAUUACAGGGUCCAAUUGUUGCACAGCCGCGGCCACAGCCACUGCCAGGUUCAGCUGUUGCACAGCCACAGAUCGUAGCUGCCAAGCGUAGAUCUUCCUUAGGUGAUGCAUACAAAAGCGCAUAUAUCGAGGAAGAAAUAGAGGCAGUGUCCAAGAACCCGGGGUCUGCGGCCGCCAACUCGAUUUUUGGUAUUCUUCACGGUUUCCCGUCGUCUUACCAGUUUAAAACGUGGUGGUUUGGACUCAUUUGUGUGUAUUCCACAGUUCAGAUGCUUCGGUUGAACUAUUUUGUGGCCACAGUCAAUUCUCAGUACGGUUACUUAUUUUCCUCAUAUGAGAUGGCUGAUAAGCUCAAUAGGGUGUUUGAUAUUGCACUUCCUCUUGGAGGAGUGGUGUCAAUCCCCGUUGUUGGCUUGAUUUUGGACAAUUUCAGCACUUCCGUUGUAGUUUCUAUACUUUUGGCUACAUCGCUUGUAAUUGGAGUCCUAGGCAUUGUAAUGCACUCGUUUUUGGCAGGUCUAUUGAACGUUUUGUUAUUUGUAUGCUUUAGACCGUUCUUUUAUACCACAGUCAGCGAUUACUGCGCCAAAGUGUUUGGAUUCGAGACAUUUGGAACCAUUUACGGAGCCAUUAUGACUGUAGCAGGACUAUUCAACAUUCUUCAGAGUUAUUUGGACAAAUUAACGCAUACAAAGUUUGAAAUGAAUCCGAUUCCAAUGAAUAUAUUGUUGAUUGUACUCACAAUUGUUUCAGGAGGAGGAUUGGUGGCGUAUGUAUUUGCUCAGACAAAGAUAUAUGGAAGAUUGCGUUCACAAGCGCUGAGUUAA